CUUGCUUCAUAACCCUCCAAACAUUUUGCAACCGCAGCUGUCGUGGCGCACGCGUGGAGCGAGGAGGCGCGCUCCUUCUGGAGUGGCUAUGUUGAAUCUGGCACGGACUUUCUUUUUGCGCUCACCAGCGGUCGCCGAGCUCGUUAUUUUCUUCGACAAAAAUACGAAAUGUUGACGCACCCCCCCUCUAGAAGGUCGGUUUCAAGAGAACAUUGAAGUCACCGCUCAUUUACCAUGAGCUGUUUGGAUGUUAUGUACCCAGCCUAUGGACAUUACGCACCGUACGCACCGACCGCCUCUGCUUUUGUAAACAGAUUACAGGCUCCCACUGGUCUGAGCAGCAAUACACCCCACAGCCGGCAUUUUAUGGACAAUCCCAGUGCUUCCGAAGGAAUGUCUGGGGGCCCAGGCACAACUUCCUCAUCUUCUUCUACAAGCUCGUCCUCUUCUUUGUACAAUCCUGCGACUUCGAGGCCAGAGGAGGGCCCCAAGGAGAAGCAGGAGGCCCCUGAGGCAGAAUAUCUGACUUCUCGCUGUGUCCUCUUCACAUACUAUCAGGGAGACAUCAGCAGCGUUGUAGAUGAGCACUUCUCCAGGGCGCUCAGCUCCUACAUGGAUGGAGAGGGCAAACGUCGAGCACCUCCACAGGGAACAGAUGCCAACUCACCGAGCAGUCGGAGGAGCUUUCCUCCGUCAUUCUGGGACAGCAACUACUCCUCACCUCAAAGCCGCCCCCACUGUGAAACGGGCGCACCCUCAUAUUCUAUGGAUCCAUAUGCAUCCGGGCUGCAUGCAGGUCUACCCCACCCCCACACUCAUCCUCACCCACAGCCUCACCCUCACUCCCACCCACCAGAAAACUGGGGAUACCCUCAAGCCCAAGCGUAUGGCCCACCGAGACCUCUUCAUGAACUGUAUUCCCCAUCAGCUUUGGAGCCCCACUACGGGCCCCUGCUCAUGCCCACUGUGCGGCCGCAUCACCUCCCCACCUUACCGGGUCACUAUGAAGUGAGCAAGCUGGAGCCCACCGCCUCCUGGCCCGGUCUGAUCCCCUCUGGAGAUGUGAGCCAGACUCUGGCGCUCAACAUGGACGCAGGCCUGCAGCAGCACAAGAAAGGGAAGGAGCUCUACUGGUUCUAACGAGCCCUUCAGUCACACUGACCAGCCAUUACCAGAUCCAAUUAGUCGUUGGACCUGCUCUGCUAUUGAAGCAGCGUGUCCCUUUAUCCCCCCACACGCACUGCAUCCCUGCCGAUCCACCCCCUUGUCUCUGCUCUCAACCUUCCCCUGCCAGUUACACAGCCUUGCUCCAGGUUGACAUGUGUGCACCAUGGAGAUAAAGCAGAGGAGGUGGAGGGGGGGUCUGAACCAGCAACAAUCCGUGCUGUUGCUCUCUCCUUCUUACAUCGCCUCCAUCCACUCUGUCUCCCGCAGCCCCGCUGCAGUUCAGGCCCUGGCGAGGCGGGAGCCACAGUGACCUGUUUGGACUGAGAAACACAGGAUCACAACAGACUUCUGCGAAGGGAAAGGCAACGGUGGGCUGAAUGGAAACAAGCAGGGAUUCCCACCACUAUUAUCACUGUCUCAUGUUCUCUGUUAGUACAGUUGUGAUCCAAUUAUCUGCAUUUCACAAAUGCAUAAAUGUCCAAAGGCAGAAUUGCUGGUUUUUGUGAGCCUUUUUUGUGUUUUUUUUAUUUUAUUUGUUUUUAAAAGAACUAAGUAGUUUUUUUUAAUUUAUUGUUGUCAUUGUGCCUCUCUAAAGACCCACUCCAAUGAAAAUUGUGUUUUUAACAUGUCUUGUAGCAUUUUUCUCAUGAUGGAGGACAUUUAUAAGAAAAUCAAGUUUAAAAUUGCAUUUCUGAGUAUUUCUUUAUUUAUUGUUGAAUUGGGAGGAGAUGAAAAAAAGUCAUUUAAAAAAGCCUAUAGCAGUGAGGUAGGAGCUACAGUCAGUAGAAAACAAGCUCCCGGCUCUGCUCCAUUCCAAUGCAUCCACUUGCAGACAAAUAGAUCCAUGGACGUCUUUGUUUUCCUCGUCUGAGCUAGAAUCUGGAUCUAAACUCUACGGCUGGAUAGAUAUGAUAUUGCUCGUCAUUUUGGUUGUACAGGUAAUGUUAGGCUGUGGUUGUAAGAAGCUGUAAACUAGCGGGAGAGAGUGUGAACAGAUGGAUGAUGGGAAAUUGGGGUGACAGUUCCACCCACAACUCAGAGAUGAAUCUUUAGUGCCGCUCUGCAGAAACUAUAUUCUAGGAAAUGACAGUUUUUUGUUUUGGGCUAAAAACGGCAUAAUCAUAAUUAAAAGACCACUGUGAACGUUUGUACAACAGAUCAAGAGAUAAUUGGAGUGGGACUUUAACUCUAUGUGGUGGCCAGUGUUUUGUAAUUUCUGUGGUUUAGUUGCUCUUUUAAAAGUAAAAGCUGACUGAAGUGCCCAUACCAUAAGUUCGUUGUGUUUGUUUCCUCACCUCUCCAGAACAUAUCAAAAUCUGUGCAGCCCAAACCAGUUGGAAUAAGACUGGGCUUUCAGGUUAAUGAUGUUUUUCUGCUAGUUCUUCAUCCCUGUCAUUUUUAGAUGUGUUGAACUUGAAAUGUCUGAAUAUUUGGGUUAUUUUUUUUCUGUGUGACAUUUCUCAUUUUUGUGUCAAAUAAAAUUGUAAUGUCAAUAAAUAUUUUUGAGGUACAUUGUUGAACCCUGAGUAUCUGCCCUAAUGGAUGUGAAGAGUUUAUGGGGGUUAAUUUCUGACUCUGUGCCAACAUCUGAUGGUAUGUUUCAGAGACAGUAGCACAGCCAGAUGUGGGGAGGCUUCCGCCGUGCGACUCAUCUUAUUUAAAGGGCCUUCGCUUUGAAUUCCUGCUCGCAUUCACACUUUGUCACCUAUAAAGUGGGAGCAAGUGGUGAAUGUCAGCAAUGUGUAACCAGAGACAAAGCCAGCCAUCUCAGUUAUGCAGCAUAUGCUGGAGUGUUAUUGAUCUGGUAAUCAGAUUAUGUGCUAAGGUAUGCCGGUCUGGGCCGCUGUCACACCUUACAGCCUGUGACAUUAUUUGUGACCCUGCCCCUGAUGGCUGCUUGGGAGCAGCCAACGAUGUGAUUGGCUUAAAGCUGAGGAAACACGCAGGGUAAUGAAAUUAGAAGAGUUUAUAAGGCAUAACUUCCUUCUCAACUUCCAACCAGAGGACUCCCAUUUCACACUUGAAUUUGUUUUCACAUCGCAUCGCAAAGACGCUUCCUUGCGGUCUGCAUGCUCUCCAGAAUCUCUGCUGGGCUUUCUAACUUUAUUAAAGAUAAAACUCUUUUG